AUGGCAUACAACCACCACCCCUCCUACUCAGACAACCCCCUCUGGUCAGACAUAACCCCUAUCCCACUCGACGAGGGUCCCGGUCCCGGCCCAGCUCUAGCCUCGAUAGCCUACUCCCCCCGCUACUCAACAGCGAUGUCCUACCUUCGCGCGGUGAUGGCCUCGAACGAGUAUUCCGAACGCGCCUUAUCCCUCACAGAAGACAUCAUCAGCAUGAACCCAGCGCAUUACACGGUGUGGCUAUACCGAGCCAAGGUCAUCCGGGAGAUGGGGAAGGAUAUUCUGGAGGAACUGGCGUGGUUGGAAGGGGCACCACCGCCAGACCCUAAUGUCUACCCUCCCCAGCCCGCCCGCAACCGAACCCGAAUUCCUCACCAAGAUCCUCUCCCUCGACUCCAAAAACGCCAGUGGCUCGUCUCGCGCUUCGACCUCUUCGACUCGCCCACCGAACUCGCCGCGAUCGAAACCCUCCUCCGCGAAGACGUCCGCAACAACUCAGCAUGGAACCACAGGUGGUUUCUGUGUUUCGGAAAGGACGAGUUGAAGUACGGGAGAGGAGGCAAGGCAGGAGUGGUGGUAGACGAGGAUCUGAUCGAUCGGGAGGUCGCGUUCGCGCAGGAGAAGAUCCUUCUGGCGCCGCAGAAUCAGAGUCCGUGGAAUUAUCUGCGGGGGUUGUAUCGCAAGGCGGGCAGGCCGCUGGCGGAGCUGAGGGCGUUUGCCGAACAAUUCGCCGCUGCGCAAGAUGCUGACGACGACGACGACGACGAUGACAAUGAUGAUGAAGAGAAUGAAGGGGCACAAGUUGGACGGGAACGGGAACUCGAUCUGGAGGAAGGCGUGCGCAGUUCCCAUGCGCUGGAUCUGCUGGCGGAUAUCUAUGCGGCGGUUGGCGAGAGGGAGAAGGCGAGGAAGGUUUUGGAGGUGCUGGGGAGGAGGUGGGAUCCGGUUCGCAAGGGGUAUUGGGACUACAAGGCUGGCUUGCUUCUGGAUGACGAGGACGAGGAGGAGGAGAAAGGGAUCAAGGCGGUUCCAGACGGAGGUCAGGGAGUGGCUGUUGCGUGA